GACAUGGCGCUGCUCAUGGUCCUUAGUGUGUCCCAGAGGAAACCGCUGUCACUAUGGCAGCUCAGGCGGGCGCUCAGCUCCUGGUAUCCAGGGGAGCAGAGGUUCAAGGCGAGCAGGUCCCGGACGAGACAGCAGAGCCAGGUCCUACACCCGUUCCCAAGGCAGACCGCAUGGUGUAUUUGGGGAAGAGACAAUACAUGCCACUUGUUAGAUGCAGCAAAGGUGCUAUCCGGGUUGCCUUCAACUCACGUAAGAACAUGCUGGCAUGGACAAGCAGGCAGUGGCCUACAUUCAGAUCCAAAGCAAGGGCUGAAGGAAGUGGAUUCAAAGAAAAUCUUGAAAGCUAUGUUUUCCUAUGUGUGGCCAAAAGACCGUCCUGAUUUACGAGCGAGAGUUGCCAUUUCCCUUGGGCUUUUAGCAGGUGCAAAGAGUGUGAAUAUUUUGGUGCCAUUCAUGUUUAAAUAUGCCGUGGACAAUCUGAAUGAAAUAUCUGGGAAUGUGCUGAACCUGGCAGACGCAUCAAGUACUGUGACUACAAUGGCGACAGCUUUAUUGAUUGGCUAUGGUGCUUCUAGAGCCGGAGCUGCACUCUUCAAUGAAUUAAGGAAUGCAGUGUUCGGGAAAGUGGCUCAAAACUCCAUCAGGAGAAUAGCAAAGAAUGUUUUCUUACAUCUGCACAACCUGGACCUGAGCUUCCACCUGAGCAGACAAACUGGAGCACUGUCUAAAGCCAUUGAUCGUGGUACCAGAGGUAUUAGCUUUGUGCUCAGUGCACUGGUGUUUAAUCUGGGACCCACAAUGUUCGAAGUGCUCCUUGUUAGCAGUAUCUUGUAUUACAAAUGUGGAGCACAGUUUGCAGUUGCAACGUUGGGGACACUGGGAGCCUACACAGCAUUUACCAUUGGACUUACACAGUGGAGAACCAGGUUUAGGAUACAAAUGAACAAAGCAGAUAAUGAUGCCGGAAAUGCUGCAAUAGACUCAUUGCUUAAUUACGAAACUGUAAAGUACUUUAAUAAUGAGAAAUAUGAAGCUGAAAGGUACGAUGGAUUUUUAAAGACAUAUGAGAAUGCUUCUCUAAAAACUACCUCAACUCUAGCAUUGCUCAACUUCGGACAGAGUGCAAUAUUUAGUGUGGGCCUGACUUCGAUCAUGGUGCUUGCCAGCAAAGGAAUACUGGCAGGAAAUCUAACUAUCGGAGAUUUGGUCAUGGUAAAUGGGCUGCUCUUCCAGCUCUCCCUGCCACUAAACUUCCUGGGAACAGUAUACAGAGAGACCAGACAAGCCCUCAUUGAUAUGAACACCCUCUUUACCCUUCUAAGUGUAGACACAAAGAUUAAGAACAAAGAGCUUGCCCCUCCAUUGGUGAUAACCCCUCAGACAGCCACCAUUACAUUUGAAGAUGUAUAUUUUGAAUAUAUGGAGGGACAGAAGGUCUUGAAUGGUGUCUCUUUUGAAGUACCCGCAGGAAAGAAGAUUGCCAUUGUUGGCGGUAGUGGUUCCGGCAAAAGCACCUUGGUUCGUCUUCUUUUCCGCUUUUAUGAGCCCCAAAAAGGAAACAUCUAUGUCUCUGGCCAGAAUAUUCAGAAUGUCAGUCUGGAGAGCUUGAGGAAAGCCAUUGGCGUGGUCCCUCAGGAUGCUGUACUUUUUCAUAACACAUUGUAUUACAAUUUGCUGUAUGGAAACAUGAAUGCUUCACCAGAAGAAGUCUACCAAGUGGCUAAAUUGGCUGGACUACAUGAUGCCAUCCUUCGCAUGCCUAAUGGAUACAACACUCAAGUAGGGGAAAGAGGGCUUAAAUUGUCAGGUGGGGAGAAACAGCGUGUAGCAAUUGCCAGAGCAAUAUUGAAGAACCCACCCAUUAUUCUUUAUGAUGAAGCUACUUCUUCUUUGGAUUCCAUAACAGAGGAGAAUAUUCUCAGUUCAAUGCGGAAUAUGGUCAAGCACAGAACAUCUGUGUUCAUUGCUCACAGAUUAUCUACCAUAGUUGAUGCAGACGAAAUUAUUGUAUUGGACAAGGGUAAAGUAGCAGAACGGGGUACACAUUUUGGACUCCUGAAUAAUCCUGGAAGCCUUUAUUCAGAACUUUGGCAUACACAGAGCAGCAGGGUCCUCAACAGUAACAACAGCCUGAAGACAGAUACAAGCAACCAGCAGUCAUCCAAAGAGGAGGAAAGAAGGAAACUACAAGAAGAAAUCAUCAAUAGUGUAAAAGGAUGUGGCAACUGCUCCUGCUGAGCUUCAGUGUUACUAAAAGGAGUAGAGGAGGAGGACUUACUCUAGAAAUGCCUACUUAAGAAUUCACUUCUAUUCUCUGUUCCAUAUCAUGGUUUUGCACCUUUCUAAUCUCUCUUCCCAGGGCUUCUCUGGAUAUUUUCUUUUUCUUAUUCAUACCUCCUUCUAAUGUGAGUUUUUAAAAUUGUUUAAAGAAUAGUUUACCCACUCUCAUGUAGUAGACAAAGGUACAGCUCAUCUCAAUCUUCGGGAAGGGAACUUGGCAGGACCUACUCACCAGUCAGUACCUCCUUCGCUGUCCAGUAGUGGGCUCAAGUUGGUCAGCAUGUUCAUCGUGACAGAUCUAUGUUGAAGUUAAUGUCCACGGAUUAAAUGUUUGAUAUAUUUGUAUAACAGGUAAUUGCUGUUUUUUUAAUACAAAACUGGAAAUAUCUGGCAAAGACAUAAAAAAAAAUAAUGUUCAGACUGCCCUCUGCCACCAAUAGGAUAAUAUCCUUGUAGAGUUGGCUGUAGGCAGCUACAACAUAUAUUAAGAAAGAAAUCGGCACGUAAAUGUUAAAAACUAUAUGCUGUUAAAAUGUGGACAUUUAUUUUAAAGUAAACAGUUCAGUAUAUCCAUAUUGGACAGCAAUAAGCACUGAUAUUCUGUAAAUGGGUUCUCCUCGAUUACUUGGAAUCUAUUUGUUAAUAUGUAGGUUUCAUAAAAAAAAAUAUUUUUUCACACUUGAAGAGCUUUGAAAAAGCCCUUAACCAAUAAUUUGUUUACAGAGUCCUUCCUAAUGAAUUUGCCCAUACCGCUACUAUGUGUGUUGAGGCAUCUUCCAGUACUUAUUAAACAAAAAACAAACUGGCCUCUAGAAUGUUCACUUAAGUGUUUUAAGGAUGUGGAGUAUAUAGAAUAUUUUUCAUGUCUUCUUAUUGUGCUCACUGGUGCCGGAGGUUAAAGGGGUACUCCUGUGAAAACCUUUUUUCUUUUAAAUCAACUGGUGCCAGAAAGUUAAACAG